AUGCUCUCUCUCAAACUUUUCCGCCAGGCUACAGUUUCUCAGGAAGCGGAGAACUUACAAAGGGAUAUAGACACUCUUCAGAAACUAUUGGGCAAUGAGGAUCCACAGAAGAUAGUGGACCGCCAUAUCAAGCUUUUGCACACAUAUAACGAGUCAAAGGACGCUGCUCAGGUUAUUUUGGGGAGAUUGGCUGCGAUUAAACAGACUUCUGUUGCCAAAAUCCACGAGGAUUACGAUCUUCCAUUGCAAGAUUGA